AUCGAGUCAAGGCCGUCUAAGUGAGACCACGGGUGUCGAGUGUUCCAAUUGUUCAGGAGCAACUGUCGCGAAAACGCAUUCCGGAUUUUUCAAAGCCGGGUUGAUUACGCAAGCACAGUCACCGGCAACGGAGUCUCUGGAAAUACGCGGGCGUGUUCCGCGUCACUCCAGCCCCGAAUGCUGAGGCAUUAUAGGUUUGCGUUCCCUGCGCAGAUCGAGCGCCGCUGUAUUCUUCAGCAGUUCACGUUGUUCCCUGCAUCCUGGUGUAUGUACACCGUGGGCCCGGCAUCCGCGCCAAGGUUCCAUGCCUGGCAAUUGCCGAGGUGCUAGGCGUGUGCCCUAGUCCUACCAUUAAUGAGCGGGAUAUCUCUUAACAUUGCCAGGCAUCUGAGACUCGGCAAACAAUGCACGUGUUUCCUGCGUCUUAACGAACAGAAAUGAGUCGUACUUCGUUACGUGUGACGCUUCCGUCGGCGGCACUACCGAUUGAAGAACGUUCUGUGGCGUUUCGACGAGGCGGGUGCGACCUCCAGUCGUACUGUAAAUUGCUUCCGGUGCAUGCGUUGAGUACAACGUGGCCAAAGGUACACAAGAUGUCAAUUGCCCGUUUCGUCUUUGUCUCUCGUUGGUCUGCCCGAAGUCACCAAGCCACACGGAGCUGAAUGUACCGUGAUAUCGUCUCCGCAUAGUCUGCCACCCUACUCGUCAUACGCCCCCGCCCCACCACGGAAUUCUGCGUAGAACCUCGUGUCAACGUAAGUAGAAAAAUGUGUCCAACCGUUUGUGAUCCCCAAGUGCUUCCGGCUCUCGAUUCAGGCCGAACACUGCAAUGCAUUUAUCACCCCGACCCCUGCUGUCGAGCUCGUCUUCCGAACGGUGUCCUCAUCCCAAAAUGAACAAAAGGGAACGCUGAAUCGCAAAGAAGAGCAGUCUUCUGGCGUUCGGCGAAAGGGUCGAACCGACGCCCUGGGUCCUUGCGGAAGUGGACGGGGAACUGGCAGCCGGCCCGGCCAAGACGCCAAACAGUUUUUUAACCCGUCUGAAAACGGUGAUCUUCGGUAAAAAAGUCUGCUUCACCUGUACACGUCACCAUCAACGGGAGUUUCAUUUCUGACACGUCCGGUGUUUCACCGGAAUAGAGCUUCGCCUGUCGCCGCGUUACCCUGCAAGCAUCGUCCCCGCUGCUUACCUACCUUUACUUCGCCAUCAUGAACGCUUUUCGCCUGCGUCACCUCGAGCAGGCUCUAGAACUGUACCACAAGCUCCCCGCUGCCACACCCUCUGCUUCCACGUCCCCGUUUCCAUCUCUGCCGCUCGACCUCUUUGUUCGACACUACUUUAAAUGUCACAAGUCGAUCAACAGCGCAGACAAGCUCUUCAUCACUAGCCAUCUGUACCAGAUCAUCAAGUGGAAAGGACUUCUGGACUUCCUCACUCCUCCCCCGGCUGCGUGGAGCAGCCGCAUCAGAACCUAUUUCAUUUCUGACAGAUGGAAGUUGCACUCGACCAACCAGCGGCUUCCUCCCCAUCUGCGCUGCUCCUUUCCCGAGCCUCUAUUCGCUCGGUUGGAGGCAGCUCUGGGGACGGUUAAGGCAAUCCAGGUCUGCAAUAUUCUGAAUGAGGACCCUCCGACCUUCCUUCGCGUCAACUCAAACAAAAUCACCCGCGAGAGACUCUACAAAUUUCUCGUUAACAAGGGCGUUCUGGUUGAAAAGUGCGCGAAUUCGCCCUUCGGUCUCGUCCUUCCUCAGAGGCAAAAGCUGGGAGAUUUGCCCGAAUUUAAAAGUGGCUUCUUCGAUAUUCAGGACGAAGCCUCUCAGCUGGUGGCGUUCAAGCUACAGGUUGAGCCGGGACAGAAGGUCCUGGACUACUGCGCCGGAAGUGGUGGCAAGACCCUUGCCUUUGGGCCGCUGUUGGGGAAUACGGGUCGACUGUAUUUACAUGACACGAGAGAGCAUAUGCUUCUGGAGGCCAAGAAGAGACUGAAACGAGCUGGCAUUCCCAACUAUCAACUUCUAUUCCCACACGCAACUCCUGAUCAUGUGUUCAAGAAAUUGAGGGGCCAAAUGGACUGGGUUCUGUGUGACGUACCCUGCACGGCAACGGGGACGCUCCGACGGAACCCUGAGCUGAAAUGGAAAUAUUCGGACGAUAAGCUUUUUGAUUUGGUUGCAUUGCAAAGGGAGAUCUUUGCUUCGGCCUUGAUCUACAUGAAGCCAAACAAAGGUAGAAUUCUUUACAGCACCAGCAGCAUACUCGACGAGGAAAACGUUCACCAGGUCAAAUUCUUCUGCCAGCAACACGGUCUCGUUCUGAGCGAGGCCCCUUUCCAUGCGCUGCCUCAGUCGAAGGGCAUGGAUGGUUUUUUCUGUGCAAUCCUGGAAAAACGCCGUUGUUGAUUGCAGCACCCAAGAGCAACCAUACACGAAGUGGCGUAGUACCCCCAGCUGGUCAAAGAUGUCCCGACUGUCUGCGGGCGAAUCUCACUGUAGAAGCCGAUUGAUCCGUGAUCUUUCUGUCUGUUGUCGUGUUAGUAAGUCUACUACGCACGUCAGUAUUGUCUGUUUUUCACAUGCUUGAUAUUCUACGUUCAAACUGUUCGCAGACAUCGUCCGGGACUUAAGCUUGUUUCUAAACUGAUAUAUUGAGAAGCAAUCUGUGUGUCUUCAGCGGACACGCUGGAUCCUGUGGAUUGACUCUACAUUCUGACUUUGUCCGGCCGCAUUGAUGCGGGAUACCGAGCGCCAAACAGGCAUGUGCCUGGAGCGACAGCCUCGGAACAAGACAGUUAAGAGGACUUUGUCCUCCGAUGAACUUUCAUACGUGAAAAGGAAACGGCCCCCACCUUCUUCCUUUUUCUCUUCGAGUUUAUUAUUUCCUGAGUAGCUGGUUAACUCAAAUUAUGACUUUUCAGUUCCUGCGGUAUGAGGCAGAAUGCAAGUGGCC